ACAACGCCAUCCCCAUCCGUUCUUGGUUUUCAGAUUCUCGAGAUACUGCUCUUCUCUGCUUGCUGCCCAUUCUCGAUGCACUUCGAUUCGCUAGUGAUAAUAUCUGCCACUACUUUAUCUCGGCCAACUUUUCAAUGAUCUUGGCCCGCAUUUUUGAAUCCAUCGUAACUCCAGUUUUCCGUUUUACCUCCUUAGACUUAAAGGAAUGCUUAAUUUCUAUUAAAAUGAUUAAAGGGGACAAAGAAGAUUUCUCAGAAAACAGGUCUUCAGCGCCCUGGGCUGUGAAUCCCACAUCGGCUCUCUUUUCCCUUUUGGGCGGAAGGUGA